AUGACAGAUAAAGAUCUUCUGCCCUCACCGGCAUUGAAUGACCCUUUUGAAACAGAAAGUGCGGUUUCAGAUACAAGUGAUACCCCAAUGACGAAUAAUUUUGAAAUUCCACAAAUACAAACACCACAAGAUUCUCAAAUUAACCCAAUGUCACCGUCUAUUCAUAUUGAGGAAUCAUUUAUCCCCAAUGAUACUUCAUCGACUAGUAAUUUUGGAUUGUUGUCAAGUGCAAAUUUUUCGACAGAUUCUUUAAACAACGACACAAUGACAGAGCCAUUUAACGAUUAUUAUAAUAAUAAUAAUAAUAGCAAUUUUAGUAACAGUAACAAUGGUUCACCUAGACGAUACUCAAAUUCAUCAUUAACCAAUUCACCAAGAAUGGGUCGAGCCAAUUCAAAUAGUGCUACUUCACGUUCUCGUCCCUUGUCGGCAUUUUUAAUGGAUUCUAGUAAUGCAAUUUCAGAAGAUGGUCAACCAAUUCAACCAGUUUUCAAUAAUACCCCAAGAUCAAGAAAUUCUUUAACAUUUGGUAUAAAAACUCCAAUUUCUUCCACGUUUUCAAAUAACUAUACACCACCACCAUUGGCUGCACCAACUGGUCCUUAUAGAUCAUCAUCUCCAACAAGACAAUCGUCACCACUGAGAAUAAACAAACAUUACCGAUCAACUUCACCAGUUAGAAGAGGAUCAUCACCAACAAAGGCUAACAACAACAACAACAACAACAACAACAGUAAUCCAUUUAAUUUUCAAUCACAAGACUUGAUGUAUCAAACUAAUCUUAAUGUCAGUAAUGGUUCAAAUCUAAGUUUGCCACUUAAACCAGCUCAUCGUAAAGGUCACAAAUAUAAACAUUCCUCGAUUUCUAUGAACCUUUUCCAAGAACCUCCACCGGUAGAUAUUGGAAUGACACAACUUUCAGCUAUUCCUGAUCUGUAUCCAAUACCGAAUUUCAAUGAAACAUUAAAUUCAAUUACCCCUAAUCAGAAAUUAAGAUUCAUGUGGUCAGGUUUCCAUGUUAGCUUAUCAUUGAUUAUUUUCACUAUUGGGUUCAAAUAUAAAUUAUCAUCUUUAUCUACAUUGGCUCAUUUAGUAUUUUAUGAUUCAUUGGGUUCAUUACUUAUAGUGUUUGUUGACACCAUGUCCAAUUUUGAUGUUUGGAACAAAUCUUCUCUUGCUUACCCUUUUGGACUAGGAAGAAUAGAAGUAUUGGUUGGAUUUGCAUUGAGUACCUCAUUAGUAAUGGUUGGGUUUGAUUUGUUUAGUCAUUUCAUUGAAGAGUUUAUAAUAUUAUGGGUUUCUCCCGAUAAUCAUGUUGAUCAUGAACAUCUGUCACAUAAUGUCCAUGCUGAACCUGGUAAAAAUAAUACUGAUUCAAAUUGGCUUAUUUAUAUACUGGUUUUGAUUAUCACCAUGGUUGUGUCAUUGAUUUCGUCAAACUAUAUCUUGACAUAUGAUAGAAUCACGGAAAUGAUAAACGGACAAGAUGAUUCGGGUUUGAAAGGCAAUUUCUCCACUAAGGGUAACAUCAAUAAUGGGAGUUUGUUAAUUGAUGUUGAUAUUAAUAAUACUGCUGGUGAAAAAUUAAAGAAAAUUGUUAGUGCUUGGAAAAAGAAUCCAACACAUUUGAUCACAUUAAGUUAUACGUUAUUUUUAUUAGUUGGGCCCUUGAUACCUCAGAGUUUAACCUCUGACUUGGCAAUUGAUAUUAAUGAAGCUGCUACUAUUACAGUAGCAUUGUUGUUAUGUUAUAAUGGAUGGAAACUAGUGAAAACUCUUGGCGGGAUAUUAUUAUGUUCAUUUCCUUAUUCAGAUUAUGAUUAUCAUGUGCUCAAAUCUAGGAUUGUUGAUCAAAUAUUGUCGAAAGAUUUUUUCAAACAAACUUAUCGAAUAGAGAAAUUUUUCAUUACUAAAUUCAAUUAUCGACUUUUUGUUAUUGGUAUGAAAAUCAAUAUGAAAGGAGCUAAUUCUGAUGAAGAAGUAAGAAUGAGAUUUGAAAUUAAUCGAAUAAUUUAUAAUGAACUUGAAAAAUUGGAUAAUUCCAGUAAAUUAGUGAAACCAGAAAUUACUAUUGAUAUAGAUCGAUUCUGA